AUGGAAUAUCCACGUCCCGUAUAUGAUGUCAUUCGCCAUGCUGCUUUGAGACAUUUAACUAGAGUCCAAAUAUUUGGAAAGUUGGAAAAUAAACCGUGUGAAUUUUUUGAACGAACAAAAGCAAGGAUUCUAGAAUUACAAACUAAAGCAUUUGAACAAAAUUUUGCUCAUAAUAAGUGGUGUUUAAUAUUUUUUAUUCCAUUGUUAAUUGUUAAUGUUCAAACUGAUGAAGUGAUUGUUGAUAAUAAUAAUGAAGAUGAAACGUUAUUAGUUAGUGAUAGUAAACCUAAAAAUGAUUUUUUAGUUAAUGAACAUAAAUGGCGUGCCAUAGAUGAAGUUCGAGGUGGAGAUCAUGCAAUAGAAGAUUUAACAGUACCUUAUGAUGCAAAUCAUUCAGAAAUAACUGUUACCCAAGGUGAAAGAUAUGAUCAACCAAAACGUCGCCGUACGGUACGAAAACGUAAACGACGGCCGUAUCCACCACCAAUAUCCAGUGAUUAUAAUGAUCACGAUGACAAUGAUAGAAUAUUAAAACCAAGGCGAUUACCAUUACGCGAACAAGAACAUUAUUUAGAUGAUCAUUGGCAGGGAGCUGCAUUUGCUGCUGAACAAUUAACUCAUAAACGACCAUAUCAUAAACGUCGAAGGCAAAAUCCUGUAUAUGAAGAGGACGAAAAUGAUGAAUUUAUUCGACGGGAUGAAGAAAAUGCUUAUCGAGAUACUAAGGAUGAGGAAAAUAUAACUUAUGAUUUACCAAAACAUGAAAACAGUGAUGCACAAAGGAGACAUGAAACUAGAUUUAACGAACAAACAGAAUCGAAUAAUGAAGAAAAAGUUAAUUUUAAACCAAAAAGCUAUCGUAAACCGUAUAGCACACAUAAAAACACUGAAGAUGAGCCAGAUAAUGGUACAAAUUUAAAAUCGUUAUUAAAACAAAGUGGAGGAUCAUUGAGUUUAGUUGAAAUAUUACAACAACGCAAUUUAUCACUAGCCGAUUUCUUAAAAGAAAAAGAAAAUGCGAUAUCAUUAUUAAAAAAUCCACCAAUUUUGGAUCGUGUCGACAACAAUGAAAAGGAAGAAACUGAAUUACCAAACAGAAAAUUACAACCACAAAAUUUCCAUGGAGAGAGUGAAAUGUCACCUUUAGGAGAAGUUUACAGUACAAAUGAAAAAGACAAUAAUCGAUUUUCAAAUACAAUUAGCCGACGAUUACCACCAGCUCGAUUGCCGAAAGUACGAACUGAGGAUGCAACAGUACGAAAUGUACGUAAAGAACAAUCGGCUAUGAAAGAACAUAUGAAUGCCCAACGGAAACGUUUAUCAAGUUUACGCACUGAAAAAGAUAAUCGCAUCUUUGGUGAAAUUAAACAUUUCGAUGUUGUCACAGAAGCUACUACAGAAAAGCGAAUAUUUAUUCCAUCAAAAUAUAAUAAUGAAAACUUAGAUUCAACCUCGAUGAGCACUACCCGUUUCCAACCGUCUACAUCACGAUUCACAACGACCUCUACUACUACAACAACGGAACCGCCUACGAAAGCAGCUGAAAUUACGUCAAGUACCUCGACAACAACGCCAACUACAUCCACCAUACAUGUAAAUCCAGAUCUUAUUAUCAAAGGAAAUGGUAUGGCCGUAACCCGAAAUCGUUUAGCUUUAAAACCACGGUUAAAAAUACCUAUAUUCGAGAAUGUAAAAACAAAACCACCUCAAUUAUCAACAUCAACAACCAAAAAACCAAUCGAAACCACAGAAAUUCCAAAGAAUGCUUUUGCGAUUGAUAUCAAAGAACUUGUAGGUAUCAAUAAAUUUAUAAAAGAAAUCAAAUCAACCGAAUUAACUGAGUCGGAAAAAGAUGAACCUUUGAAGAUAUCAAUGAAUAUUAAUGAGAUGUUAAAUAAAUCCGAACAAAUCAACAGCACACCAAAAACGAAUAAUCUUAUAUCAAACACAAAUGAUUAUACAGAUAAUAUAAUUACUGAUUACACAUCCACAUAUAAAUCGCCAAGUGCAAAAGACGAAAUUAUGGAAAUACUCAAAGAUAAUAAUAUAAGGGUUCGAUUAGCAAAAGUAUUAGCUGUUCGAAAUAUGACAUUCGCUGAAUUGGUAGCGUUAAGAGAACGUGGAUCUAGUCAUGUUCAUCUAGCAGAUAUAUUUCAUAGUCAAUCAAAAGAACCAAGUCCAAUCGAAAAAGAAACUAUAGAAAUAAAUAAUGAUGGAAAAAAGUCUGAAGAAAAACUUUCAAGUUUUAGGUUAAAUCCAUUAACAAAAGAUGACUCUGAAAACUAUUAUACACCAUUGAUUAAAAUAACACCACCAAAAUCAAUAAAUCGUGAGGCACGUAAUCAUAAGUUUUUUAAAAUUAAUAAUCCUGAUUAUUCAACAGUCAUUGAUUUAUUAAAUCAACAGAAUGUUGAAAAUUUACCACCUCAAUGGAAUAAAAAUACUCAUUCAGAUAUUUCUUAUCUUACAGAAAAUAUUCCAAAUCCAAUAAAAAAUUAUCAGAAAAUGUUAAAACAUGAAGAACGUAUUGAAGCAAUUGAGAAUAGUAUCGUUGCAACUAGUGAUACAACACAAAAUAAUUACAAUUAUGCAGAUAAACACAUAUUCGAUGAUGAAGAUGAUUAUAUGCAAUUACCUUCUGGUGUUCGUUCAGCAAUUGUAGCAAGUUUUGCAAUUAUUGCAAGUUCAAUAUUUAUAUUUAUGACUAUAUUUAUUAUAUUUAAAUGGCAACAGAAAAAACGUCGACGAUUACGUUACAAUAGUAGUAUUAGUACAAUGAAAGGGCGUUUACCUAUUUUACAAAAAAGUAAAAGGAAAAAUGGCACAAAGGAUGUAAAUCCUAUAAUGGUGAAUGUAACAAGUAAUUCGAAGAAUGUCCUGUACAAUAAUAAUGGAGAAACUAAUAAUAAUGCAAACAGCGAAGAAUAUCUAUGGGAUAGUUUACGUAAACCAUUCCAUUAAAACUGAUUAUCAUAAGACUUUUAAAGCAGGAAUUAAAGUUAAUGUUUCAAAAAACUAUUGAACU